GCCAUCAGUGCAUACGACGAGCAAGGCAGACCGGUGGUAUACAUACCCGCCCUCGAUUCUGCUCAUACACGAGCAACGAACCCUACUUCUACCAUCCGAAGCAUCCAGACACAUCCACUCAGCAACCAUGAGAGAUUCUUGUCCAUCCGAAAGCGAAGACCCCUGGUCGACAGACAGCGACUCCGACUCGACCCAUAGCGACCGCACUCCCAACUUCUCCAAGCAUCGCAACUCCGCCGGCCGACACAAUGAUCAUAUCGAUCGAUCUCCGCCUCGCCGUCGGGGAAAGCAUGGGAAGUCCAGCAGGAGACAUGGACAGGAAUCUUCCUCCGCGCGCCCUGGCAACUCUCGCGGUAUCCUCGUCAAAGCUGCUAUUACUCUGGUCGGCAAAGUAAUCUUCAAUUUCGCCAGACAGAGACUUGAACAGCGAAGACAAGGCGGGCAGCGAAGGUAACUCCACCUCUUCUCCUCUUCUCCAAACCGCCUAUCUUCGCUGAACGCAACGCCAGGAUUUACACCGCAUCCGACCGCUUCAAAGACCUCCACGAUUCUCCCUCGUCUCCCUCGUCUCCCAGCC